AUGGAUCGCCAGCUCCGCGCGAACGAUGCUUCUCAGGCCUCCAACGAGACAGCCAGCGCCUUCUUCCACCACUCGUCUGCCAAACGCGUCAACACGGACGCGACAAUUGCCAAGGCACUGCGGGCAGAAUACCCCGACCUCCAACUGGUGGUCGUUCCAUCCCUCGGCAUCGACCUCCUCGGCUACGCAUCCGCCGGACACGCCAGCUUUACCUUAAUCGACCAGGGCAGCCACGAAGAGGCACCAUCCUCGCUGACAUGGAAGGUCUACCGGCCACCCGGCCGACGCAUCGACCACAACCCCGGCAGCCUGGUGCACGAGAUUCUGUUCGCCAAGUUCCUGUACAAGUGGCAGUCCGCCGAGUUCAUCCUCUACCUGGUCGACGGGCGCGACGGAACGGGCUUCUACCCGGCGGCGCGCAACCACUACCUCCUAACGACUGACACCGCCAAGGCAGACUCCCUCAUCCUCGCGGCAGGGCAAUGGGGCAGCGAGCUGCACGAGGAGGUGUGGGUGUGGGACAGCGGCAUGUGGCGCAAGAGCGCCGAGCUGUACCAAAGCAUCCAGAAAUCCUCGUGGGACGCCGUCAUUUUAGACGAGCGCAUGAAAAAGGCCAUCAUCGCCGACCACCAGUCAUUCUUCGACUCGCGCGACACCUACGCCCGCCUAAAGGUCCCCUGGAAGCGGGGCCUCAUCUAUCACGGCCCGCCAGGCAACGGCAAGACCAUCUCCAUCAAGGCCAUGAUGCACACGCUGUAUGACAGGAAAGACCCGGUGCCGACGCUUUACGUCCGCAGCUUUUCUUCGUUUGCCGGCCCCGAAUACGGCAUCAGCCAAAUCUUCCUCAAGGCCAGGCAGUUCGCGCCCUGCUACCUGAUUUUCGAGGACCUCGACUCGCUCGUCACAGACUCGGUGAGGAGUUAUUUCCUCAACGAGAUCGACGGGCUGCAGAGCAACGACGGCAUCUUCAUUGUCGGCAGCACAAACCACCUGGAGCGCUUGGACCCGGGUAUCGCGAAACGACCCUCGCGAUUCGACAGAAAAUACUACUUCCCCGAUCCCGACAUGGAGCAGCGCAUCGCAUAUUGCCGGUUCUGGCAGCGCAAGUUGGCCGACAACAAGGACAUUGAGUUCCCCGACAAGCUCUGCCCGGCCAUUGCUGGGAUCACGGACGGCUUCAGCUUCGCGUACAUCCAGGAGGCCUUUGUGGCGGCACUAAUCGUCAUUGCUCGCGAUUCAAAUGGCCUAGUAGCGCUGUCGCCGACACAUCAUGACGGGCUCGAGGAUGGUUGGGUGGGAAUCCCCAAAUUUGAGGAUGACGAUGACUUGGAUGGACUGGUCUUGUGGGUCGAGAUCAAGAAGCAGGUGGCGAUCCUGAGGGAGGGGAUGGAGGAGGAGCGAGCGCGGGCACAAGUCAGGAACGAGCUUUCUUUCAUUUGA